AUGCAGCUAUCAUCGAUUUUCCUCCAGGGUUUACUAUUAUCAGGUAUCAUUGCUUCACCAGUUGCUGCUACCUCAGAUGCAUUGCCAGAUAGUUUUGAAGGUUCAUAUGCUGAUAACUCCACUGAUUUAUUAGCUGUUAAUAAAAGGGCAAAGUAUUACCUUUGCUUUGAUGCUUUUGAAUCUGGUAAUAAUUGUUACGGUAAGAAUAGGAGAGAUUGUUCUAAUCAUCAACAAGACAAGGGUCUCACUCGUCGUGACGCUGGAAAUUUUUGUGAUUUCUGGUGUAGCAAAGUUAGAAAUGUUGAUGAUUGUAAAACCAGAAAGAAGUGGGCCAAUUACCAUCCUAAAUGGGCUUGUAAAGAUCAAAAAUAUUGUUAA